AUGGCCCACAUGCAUGAGCACAACGCGUCUGCCCAGCACGGCGUCGCGCCCAGCAAUGACCUGGCGCUUCACAUCUCCCAGGAGCACCAGCAUGAGCACGUGCACCACAGCCCGCGUGCGGCCCACGACGACCACAUCACCUACACUGUCGGCACCACGGACGACAAGAGCGUGAUUCCUGACGCAGGUGCGCAAGACCAUGGCCUGCACCACCGUCUUCCCGAGAAGCAUGGGCUCCACGCCCAGGCCGACUACGAGAAGAACGCCGACGUUGAUUUCGAAGAAAAGGGCACGCGCAGCUCGACAGACCCUGAGGGCGAAGUGGAGAAGAAGAAGAGCAAGUGGUCGCUGUCCGUGCUUUACAGGCGAUUUAGGCUGCCCGUGCACAUCUUGAUUGGUGCUUUCUUCACUGGAUGGUGGGUUGCGUCUGUCGUCGUGCAUCGCAAUGACAAGAACUGGAUCAUCCCGUUCUUGUUCUGGUUGGCCAUCAUGGUCCGUUUGAUCACGUGCCAUAUCCCCAUCACCAUCGUCACCAAGCCAAUGCACUGGGUCUGGAACAACACUGGAGUCAGGUUUGGAGAGCUCAUCCCCGAGAAGAUGCGCGUCCCCGCCGGCGCUGCCCUUACCAUUGCUGUCAUCAUCGUCGGUUCCAUGGCCAGCGAGGAGAGCCAAGACAACACGCGUGCCAACCGUGCUAUUUCUCUCUUCGGUCUCGCUGUCAUCAUCUUCGCCUUCUGGCUCACCUCCCGCAACAAGAAGAUGAUCAACUGGCACACCGUCGUCGUUGGGAUGUUGACCCAGUUCAUCAUCGCCCUCUUCGUGCUGAGAACGGGCGUUGGUUACGACAUCUUCAACUUCAUUUCCGAGCUUGCCCGUCUGCUCCUCGGGUUCGCCAACGAUGGUGUUAUCUUCCUCACAGACGACACCGUCCCAAAGAAGGGCUGGUUCUUCACUAGUGUCAUUCCGGCCAUCAUCUUCUUCGUCUCGUUUGUGCAGCUUCUGUACUACUGGGGUCUUAUCCAGUGGUUCAUUGGCAAGUUCGCCGUCUUCUUCUUCUGGUCCAUGCGCGUUUCCGGUGCUGAAGCUGUCGUCGCUUCUGCUUCGCCCUUCAUUGGCCAGGGUGAAUCUGCCAUGUUGAUCAAGCCGUUCGUUGCACAUCUUACAAUGGCCGAGCUGCACCAGGUUAUGUGCUCUGGUUUCGCUACCAUUGCUGGUUCCGUCUUGGUCGCUUACAUCUCCAUGGGACUGAACCCCCAGGCGCUCAUUUCCUCUUGUGUUAUGAGUAUCCCAGCCUCGCUCGCUCUUUCCAAGCUCCGCUACCCUGAAGAGGAGGAGUCUCUUACCGCCGGACGCGUUGUCAUUCCUGAUGACGAUGAGCACAAAGCUGCCAACGCCCUUCAUGCUUUCGCCAACGGUGCCUGGCUCGGCCUCAAAAUUGCCGGUAUGAUCAUCUGUACGCUUCUCUGUAUCAUUGCCCUCCUGAACUUGGUCGACGGUCUCCUCACCUGGUGGGGCCGGUACAUCAACCUCGACGGCGAGUACGAUCUCACCUUUGAGCUCAUCCUUGGAUACCUCUUCUACCCGGUCGCUUUCCUGCUUGGUGUAUCUCGCCAGGGCAGGGACUUGCUCCUUGUCGGCCGCCUCAUCGGUGUCAAGAUUAUCACCAACGAGUUUGUCGCGUUCACCUACCUCCAGGACAAGGACUCUGAUUACGCCACCCUUUCUCCUCGAUCGCGUCUCAUUGCUACCUACGCGCUUUGCGGUUUUGGCAAUAUCGGUUCUCUCGGUACCCAGAUUGGUGUGCUCAGCCAAAUCAGUCCCGGUCGCAGUGGUGAUGUUUCCCGUCUUGCCAUGUCCGCUCUUAUCUCUGGUGUAUUCUCAACACUGUCCAGUGCUAGUAUCGCUGGUCUGGUGGUCACGGAUCAGGAGAAGUUCUCCAGCACCCAGUAG